AUCACCACUUUGCUAGAGUUGCUAAUUGCUAUGAGCACCCGGUUUUGUUUCCUAUCACCCAUCGUUGACCAAAAUUGGCGCCUUCAUCGUUCCCCACGCCUGCUGUGCUGCCAGCCAUAGCUCCACUUCGUGCUCCUCAAUCGGAAUCUCUUGGUGUAGCUACAGGCGUAGAUCGAUGUUUCGAUUUAUCAGCGCUUGGCUUCAGGCGGUGCUCCGGUAUAUUGCCGCGUGGCUUCAGGCGGCGGCGGCGGCAGCGGCGGCGGCGGCGGAUAAACUGAAAGCUGCACCGCUCUCGCUUCGGCCAUGUUCGGUUAAUCCCCUUGCCACAGGGAUUGAAGGGGAUUGGGGAGGUUUGAGAAGGAUUUUGACUGGCAAAGGAUUUAAUCCCCUUCAAUCCCUUUCAAACCUCUUCAAACCCUGCCAAACCGAACAAGGCCUUCAGGGGACGGCGAUGGAUUUUCCUGUUACUGUUUCGCUUGGGCCCCUCCACCGGCCGCUCCAUUUGCUCAGGGCCAACCAAAACAUUCUGCCGGAUUGGGUUAGCGAGGGCGAGGUCCGGCGCCUGGAAGAAGAUCUUGAGGAAUUGUUUGCAGAGCUCAAGACCGUGUCGGAGGCGGACGACCCCAGCUUCACGGCAAGGUGCUGGUUGAAGGAGGUGCGGGAGCUCCGCUACGACGCAGAGGACUUCUUCAACAAGGUCCCGCGCUCCUCCGCCGGCGCCGGCAGGAGCGCUCUUCACACCAUCAUCCUCUGGAUCCCCAGUAAGCUGAAGCGGUGGCGCCAGGUUGCACAAGCUUUCUCAGAUCUGCGAGCUCGUGCCAAGGACGCGAGUCGAAGACGGCAAAGUUUCCAGCUUGGUCCAGCAGCCAUCAAACCUGGAUUUGGGCAGGCCCAAGCCGAUGUCAGCCGCUCCAAGCGCCAACAGCACGUCCAACUUGUUGGCCUUGAGGAGUCCAUGGACAAGCUUGUCAAACUGAUGGCUUUGGACGACCCAAAGAUUGCAGAUCUGCUGGCUUUUGACAGUGAAGAUACAGAGGAACAAGUUCAGGUGGUGCCUAUCUUUGGAUCUGCAGGUGUUGGCAAAACGACACUUGCCAGAGCCUUCUAUCGUAACUUCGAAGGGAAAUUCCAGUGCCGGGCUUUCGUGCGGGUGUCGCGAAAUCCAGAUAUGAGGAGGAUGCUUUCCAGCAUGCUCUCACAAAUUAAGGCACCACCGGUCCAUGGCUUUCCUGAUGCGCAGGACCUUAUUGACCAUGUCAGAGAAUAUCUGCAAUUCAAAAGAUACUUGAUUGUAAUUGAUGGCUUGUGGGCCUCCUCGACAUGGGAUAUUAUUAGCCGUGCUUUUCCUGAUGGUGAUUGUUGCAGCAGAAUAAUAGUAACCACGGAAAUCAAGGAUGUAGCAUUGGCAUGCUGUAGGUAUCAGUUUAAGUACAUGUAUGAGAUGAGUCCUCUUAAUGGUGACCAGUCAAGACAGUUAUUCCUCCGCAGAGUUUUUGGGUCUGAAAAUGGUUGUCCAGAUUUUGAAGAAGUUACAUAUGAGAUUGUCCGGAAAUGUGGAGGUUUACCAUUAGCAAUUGAAAAUAUAGCCAGCAUGUUAGCAUGUGAACUAAACAUCGAUCAAUGGAAGCACAUACAAGAUUCUUUACCCUCUGUUUUGAGUUUGAGGACAGACCCUAGUUCAGAAGGGUUGAAAGAAGUUCUGUACAUUAUUUAUGAUAAUCUUUCACCAUAUUUGAAGACAUGCUUGCUAUAUAUUAUUAUGUAUCCAGAGGGAAACACUAUCAGCAAGGACGAAUUAGUGAAGCAAUGGAUAGCUGAAGAUUUUAUCAGCGAAGGACAAGAUAGAGAGAAAACUGCAUGGGAUUAUUUCAAUGAGCUUGUGAGUAGAGGAAUGAUCCAACCUGUGGACAGAAAUUAUAACGAUGAGGUGUUGACAUGUACAGUUCACCACAUGGUACUAGAUCUUAUUAGGUACAAAUCUCUGGAGGAGAAUUUCAUCGUUAAUGUGAGCUGUUUUCAAACAACUCCAGGUCUUCCUGACAAGGUUCGUCGACUGUCUGUUCAGUUCGGUGGUGCAAAAUGUGCUAACAUACCGGCAGACUUUAUGAUGACUCAAGUUAGAUCACUUAUAUUUUUUGGCUUCUUGAACUGUGUACCUUCUUUUGUCGAAUAUAAGCUCCUUCGAGUUCUGAAUCUUCAUAUCUGGGCUGAUGAAAGCAAAAUAUUUGACCUCACUAGAAUUGGUGAACUGUUUCAGCUGAGAUAUCUGAAAAUUGAUGGCAACAUCACUGUCCAUCUGCCAGGUGAGAUUCGACAGCUAAACUUACUGGAGACACUGGCAUUGCAUGCACCAGUAAAUGAUAUGCCAGAUAUCAGUUGCUUGCCAUUACUUCGCACUCUGAGCUAUUUUGAUCUCAGCAAGAACUCACUAGAGAAUGUACAGAGCCUUAGCAAGCUGAACAAUCUCCAAGACCUUCAUCUCACCUGGUCCAACACAGAGCCUGACAAUCUGAAGACCAAUAUGCAAUGCCUGGGCUCAAUUCUCUGCGAACUCAGCAACCUCAAGUCUCUAACUCUAGUACCUGCAGCCGCCACUCAUGCAGAUGUUAUGGGUGACGCUGGUGGUGCAAGCGUGGGUAUUUCUGGCGAUGUCUUGAGCAGCGUUUCCUCUCCCCCGGCCCUUCUUCAGAGGCUUGAGCUGUCAGGGCGCUGUUGCAUCUUUUCCAGCCUACCCAAGUGGACCAAAGAACUUGGCAAUCUCUGCAUUUUGAAGAUUGCAGUUAAGAAGCUGUUGAGGGAAGAUAUUGAUGUCCUCAAAGGAUUGCCAGCCCUCAUGGCUCUCUCGCUGUACGUCUGGACUGCCCCUGUAGGAAAGGUCGUAUUUGAUAGUGAGGGGUUCUCAAUUCUCAAAUACCUCAAGUUUACAUGUGCUGCCCCGUGCCUGGCAUUUCUGAUAAGAUCAAUGCCUAGCGUCCGGGAGCUUAAGCUAGCAUUCAAUGCUAAUAGAAUGGAGCAAUACAGCCAGAUAGUUGCUGGCUUAGAGUACUUGAUAGAACUUAAAGAGAUAACUGCAAAAGUUGGGGGCACUGGUGCGGAUGAAUCUGAUAAAAGGUACGCGGAAUCGGCAUUGAGUGGCGCCAUUGUCAAUCAUCCAUGCACUCCUAGAAUCACAGUACAAUGUGUAGAUUGGAUUUUGUAUGGUGAGGAGGAUACCAGUGCCGUCACACAAGAGCAAGAUCACUGGACUCUUGAAGAGCAACAUGAGAUACAAGAGGAAUCGCUUGAUCCUCUUCCUGAACUUAUUUCCAUUCCAAGCACACAAACACAAACGGGAGAUGGAGGGCAGAAAGAAGGAACAGAUAGAUCAGUUGAGGUCUUGACACGAGAACAAGAACACUGGACUCUGGUGAAACAACACAAGAUUCAAGAGGAAUUACAUCUUUGCACCCCAAGCACACAUACACAAACAAGAGAUGGAGUUCAGGAUGAACUAAUAGAAGGACCGAUGGAGGUCCUAACACAUGAACAGGAACACUUAACUAUGGAAAAACAACACGAGAUUCAUGAAGAAUUGCUUGAUCCUCUUCCUGAAGGUCUUUCCACUCCAAGCACACAGACACAAGUGAGAGUUGAAGUGCAGGAUGGAGAAAUAGAGGGAUCCAUGAGGCGUGGUGGGCCGGGCGCGCCCGCCGUCCUUGGCUCGGUGCUUGGCCACCCCACACCCAACCUCCGCGAUCUCUACAUGCUUGGCGGGAAGCUCGGCCAGGGCCAGUUCAGCACCACCUACCUCUGCACCGAGCUCGCCACGGGGGUCGAGUACGCCUGCAAGUCCAUCUCCAAGCGCAAGCUCAUCACCAAGGAGGACGUCGACGACUUGCGCCGUGAGAUCCAGAUCAUGCACCACCUCUCCGGCCAAAAGAACGUCGUCGCCAUCAAGGGCGUCUACGAGGACCAGCUCUACGUGCACAUCGUCAUGGAGCUCUGCACCGGCGGUGAGCUCUUCGAGCGCAUCAUACAGCGCGGCCACUACAGCGAGCUCAAGUCCGCUGAGCUCACCAGGAUCAUCAUCGGGGUUGUUGAAGCCUGCCACUCACUCGGGGUCAUGCACCGGGACCUCAAGCCAGAAAACUUCCUGCUCGCCAACAAGGACGAUGACCUCUCACUUAAGGCCAUCAAUUUUGGACUCUCCGUCUUCUACAAGCCUGGACAAAUUUUCACCGACGUUGUUGGAAGUCCAUAUUAUGUAGCCCCAGAAGUGCUGUGCAAAAAAUAUGGACCAGAAGCUGAUGUAUGGACCGCUGGUGUAAUUCUCUACAUUCUGCUAAGUGGUGUACCCCCAUUUUGGGCAGAGACACAGCAAGGAAUAUUUAAAGCUGUAUUGAAUGGUGUCAUUGAUUUUGAUUCUGAACCCUGGCCUGUGAUAUCUGACAGUGCAAAAGAUCUGAUAAGAAGAAUGCUCAAUCCUCGCCCAGCUGAACGUUUGACAGCACACGAAGUUCUAUGCCAUCCAUGGGUUCGUGAUCAUGGAGUUGCUCCUGAUCAUCCUCUUGACAGUGCUGUCUUAUCUCGCAUCAAGCAAUUCUCUGCGAUGAAUAAGUCGAAGAAAAUGGCUUUGCGGGUAAUAGCUGAGAGCCUCCCAGAGGAGGAAGUUGCAGGGUUGAAGGAAAUGUUCCAGACUAUGGACACCGAUAACAGUGGUGCAAUCACAUAUGAUGAGCUCAAAGAAGGCUUGAGAAGAUAUGGCUCCACAUUAAAGGAUACUGAGAUUCGUGAUCUUAUGGAAGCAGCGGAUGUGAACAACAGUGGGACCAUUGGCUCUAUGGAGUUCAUCGCUGCAACAUUGCAUCUGAAUAAACUGCAGCGUGAGGAACAUCUAGUGGCAGCCUUUUCAUAUUUUGACAAAGAUGGAAGUGGUUACAUCACAGUGGAUGAACUGCAGCAAGCUUGCCAAGAGCAUAACAUGCCAGAUGCUUUUCUUGAUGAUGCCAUUAAAGAAGCUGACCAGGACAACGAUGGCCGCAUUGACUAUGGAGAAUUUGUUGCCAUGAUGACCAAGGGCAAUGUGGGAGUCGGGCGAAGAACACUGAGAAACAGCUCGAAUAUCAGCAUGAGGGACACACCUCGUGCUAGGCUUGGGCGUUCGGUUAUCAAAGAUACCGAACCGUACCGAACCAAACCGACAAAGUCGGUUAUUCCGGCAUUUGGUGAUUGGGAAGAUACCGAACCGUACCGAACCAAACCGACAAAGUCGGUUAUUCCGGCAUUUGGUGAUUGGUUAGAUUAGGGAAAUCGCUAACGCCUUUGGUUACAUCAGUUAGUAACCGAGAUUGGUCGGUUGUACCGAAGUAACCAGACAGCAGCCUACUUGAGGCUUCACGCUUGCAUUGGGCUUCGUUCCUCCUCUAAACAUGCCUCCAUACGCCAGCACUAGGACCUAUCUAGCAAUACGUCUCCAUACACCUCCGAUCCUGGGGUGCGGUCGGAUGCUUCUCCAUGGCAGCCGCUAUUUAGUGCCAGGAGAGUUGGGCCCUGUCAGGGCUCUAGUUGUAAUCUGGGCGGCCUUCGCCGCUUUGUAAAUCCUCUUUCCCUAUCUUAAUAAAGAUCGGCUUUGGCCUUUCGAGAUA